ACAAAGCGGCUGUGCUUGACCGUGAAACCCUUUUUGAUUUCUGACAGUCACAGUGACACAACCCCCUACUACUACUACUACUUCUAAAACAAAAGAAGAAUCGCCUAUAUCUUGUUCACUUCUUUGUUUCCAUAUUAUCACCGUCGACCUCUACGACUUUCAACCUAGGCGACGUUCGAUAUGAACAGCUCAAUCUAUAGUUCAGGUCCAUAUUCUUCACCUUAUACCAACGAUGUUCCAUACAAUCAAAACAUUCGUCAAAUAUCCCGCACUCCUAGUCCAACUCCCAGCGAGAUACAGGCCUUAGGUCAAAAGGCUUUUUUCAAUUGGAGCUCUAUGUUCGAUAAAAAGAAGAUGUGGACAAGGCAACGAAUAAUUAUUUACAUUUCUAUCCUCCUCGCUGCCGUUGUGGGUGGCCUCUUCAUAUUCUAUCAUGAUCAAAUUGUACAAGCCAUUCAACCCGCAGCCAACUGGAUGCACAACUUCAAGUUUGGAUGGUUAAUCCCCAUAGCUAUUUUCUUUGUCAUAUCAUUCCCUCCGCUUUUCGGCCACGAGAUACUGGCUAUCGUAUGUGGUCUUGUCUGGGGCGUGUGGAUUGGUUUCGGUAUAGUAGCAGCUGGCACAUUCAUCGGUGAAGUCGGCAACUUCUAUGCAUUCCGAUACCUCUGCACAGUUCGAGGCGAGAAGAUGGAGAAAGGCAGCAUCACGUACUCCGCUUUGGGCAGAGUCGUUCGCGAAGGUGGUUUCAAGAUCGCACUAAUUGCGCGUUACAGCGUUAUUCCGGGUCACUUCACCACUGCAAUAUUCGCAGUAUGCGGCAUGAACAUAUUUAUUUUCAUGUUAGCUGCAGCGCUCUCCAUGCCAAAACAGUUCAUAACGGUGUACAUUGGAACUUUGUUGGAAAGUAGUGCCAACUCGAGCACCACGUCUAAAAACAAGAUUAUCAGUGACGUCGUUGGUGUCAUCACCGUUUUGGUCACCGUUGGUGCCAUGUGGUACAUCACUAGACAGGUAAAUCGUGUCAAACCACAGAUCAUUUAUGAGCGCCGCAAGGCUCGUCAAGCGAGGUUGGAGGGUGAAAGCGGAAGCUUGUAUCAGAACGGUGGCGCGAACACUUCUACUGUGUUCAACCCCUCGGAUACCACUCUAGCGACCCCACUCAAUUCUUUUCAAAACGCACCAUACGAUCCUCCAUACCAGCAAUGGGACAGUGAAGGACGCGCCGUUGGUUACACCGCUGACCCACGCGUAUAUGCACCUCAACCCAAGAAGCCUGAACACCAGUUCCCCGCUGAUAUGACACCCACGAUGGGAAUCAAGCCCCUACGCCAAGAGAGCACGGACACCGUAGCGUGGGAGUUGCAGACCAACGCAGCGCAGGGUCAGAGUUACGCUUUGAGCGCUAUAACCCCAGAGCCACUACGGAAUCCGUUUGACGACACGACGAGUUCAGAACCGAUGGCUGCAUCGUAUGCACCGCCGGCUGGACCCCCACCGUCGUCUGCUGCCGGAUAUGCAUCAUAUACACCACCGCUUGGACCCCCACCGUCGUCUGCUGCUGGAGGAAUUGCAUCAUAUGCACCGCCGCCUGGACCGCCGCCAUCAUCUGCUGCUGCUGGAUACGCGUUCAGCGCGCCACCGCAUAGUUUCUCAGGAACUACCUCGCCACCUCCACCUAAUUAUGCGACACGAUAGUAGGUUUCGUUCGCGGUGUGGAGGGUGGGGAGGGGCACCUGUAUGGACACUUUACCCCUCGGCUAUUAUCAGCUUCCGUCACUCGUUUUUUUUUCAUCCACAUUACUCGAUUUGUGAUUCUUUAUGAGUAGCGAUAACUUAAACUAUGGAUUGAAGUAUGUUAUAGUUAUACUUGGAUAGUAGGUUUGAUACCGAUACAUACCCUUGUUCAAAUGAUUGCCUGCCGGAGCGGCUUGUACUGCAAAUUUCGAUGUCCGAGCGUCUGCGCUUGAAAGUUAGUUUGAUAGUUUAUUACGGCGAGUCUUUGGGAAAUGCCUCCUGUGCUUUUCGAACUUCAUGCGCU